GUAGGAAAAAUAGCAUAUCUUGGUUUCCCAUUCAGUUUGGAAUUAUGUCCUAGUCUGCUGACGGAUGUAUUUACAUUAAAUCAUGGAUGAAGAUGAACGACAGAGGAAAUUAGAAGCUGCAAGAUCCAAGAAUUUGUCCAGCAUUCCUCGAAAUCAGGCGCUUGCUAGCUUCAGACAGAAGCGGGCGAAAAGCGACAGUGCGGGGGCGGCGAAAAAGACGCAGAAGAGGAAGGGCCAGGCUGUCAAAAAGAAUGACGGCUCGACGCAAGAUCCUAACGUAGAACCAGCUCCUCCUCCGGCCAACGUCACAGAGCUAGACAACAAGACCAACCAUGAGGCGACCCCAAAGUCAGAACAUUUAGAGGUUCAGCAGAAUGAAAACUGGGAGGAUCAGCCCUCCUCCCUGGAACAAAACCCAUCUCCUCUGGAGGACUUCAGAGACGAGGCAUUAGCUGCGCUGACCGGCAAAGAGCAGCUGAAGCUGUUGCAGGAGGCUGUAGAGAAACGGAAUGAAAUAAUCUCCAAACUCAGCUACAACCUUCAGGAAGCCCUGUCAAGUAGAGACCAGRUGCAACUAGAGGCUCAGUCUCUUGCUGGACAGAUUCAGGCUCUACAGAAGCAGAUCCAACAGACCAGUGUAGAGUUCAAACGUAUUAAAGGUCAGUCCGGGGCUGAAGCUGUUGAUGUCGUGGAGCAUCACCUUUCCUCCCAGGCCGCAAACAUCAAUCACAAGGAGGCGACAUCAAAAGGGAGUCCUGAAUGUUUCARCACCGACAGUGACACAGAAACCGACACUGUUCUGCACAAGCUGAUGACAGAGUUAGAGGAAGAGAGGAGGAACAGCCAWCACAUGAGGGUCCAACUAGCAAAGGAGAUGGAGCGAAACCAACAUGUGCUUUUGUUGCUCGAGGAGGAGAAGCACGAGAGGGAAGAGGAGAGAAAAGCAAAAGAUGCACAACUGCAAAACCUUCAAACCCAUUUAAGCCAAGUACAAACUCAGUGCCUUGAGAUACAGCAGUGCAAAGARGAGAAGGAGAAGUUAAACCAGGAGGUGCUGGAGCUGAGGAAACAGCUUCAGGAGGGAGGAGACGCUGAGAGGAGACGCAGCGAGGACGUUGCCAGCUCUGCUCUUCGUCUUCAGGCUUUUGAGGAAGAAAAGCUGAGACGGGAGGAGGAGAUGAGGAGACUGAAAGAGGAGGUUGAACAUGUCAGGCAGCUGUUGGAUGAGAGUGAAAAAGAGCUGAAGAGGAGAGAGGAGGAGGUGGAAGGACUUAAAGUUUCAAAGAACCGUCAGAACCAAGCGAAAGCUGGUUUYAGUUCUGAGAGGAUUAGUGAAGACGAWGCCGUGUGUGAAAGUAUGGAUUCAUCACUACCUGGUGAUGUUCUAAUGGAGCGUUACUUGUCUUCAGCUCCUGUUGUGUGUUCACAGUCUUCAGUGAUGAAUGAAAGCUUUGAACAGUGCAGUCAGCUGAACAUAUCUGCAGACUCUAGUUUUGAGCUCAACAGUGACGUGUUCAGAGAUCAGCCUCUGCUGUCGGUCUCAAUGCGUAUCUGUGAUGAAGAUGAGAACAGCCCCAGCAUCACCAGCUCACAGUAUUGUGUCCSAGAAGCUGGUGAUUCCUGUCCUUCUUUUGCUCUCAACYCUCACAGCUCCACCUGUGGUGAGCUGGGGYUGAGMCRGCAGUUUGGAGACACRGGRUUGGAAAAAGAUCUACUGAAACAGCAGUGUGAGGAGCUCCACGAGGAGCUGGCUCUGAAGGAGCGGGAGCUGAACGUGUUACAGGAGGAAGUUAUGAAGAGUUCAGAGGAGCUGGAGGAAGCAAGGAGCAGGUGGGCUCAAGUAACAGAGGAGCUCARGCAAGCUCUCUCCGAACUUGAAGAAGAGAAGGAGAAAAUAAGAUAUAUGGAAGAAAAGAUGAACUUCAAAGCUCRCGAGCAAGAAAAUCUUAUCAACAAACUUGGUGCCUUCAUUGAAGAAAAAGAAAACACCGUAAUAUCGAUGGGACAAGAAGCAGAGASCGCAACGGAAACCUCACUGUUAGCUCCUGCCACCUUUCCACUGGAGGAGAAAGAUUCACCGGCAGAGGAGAAAAACUUUGUUCUCUCAUCUAAUCAGAACCAGCAGGAGCUGCUGCAGCUUUCGUCUCUGCAGGAGGUGGAGCUGAAUGAUUACUUUGCCAAAGAGACCACACAACCMAGAAGUGACAUCCAAAUGCAAAUAUUACAGUUGGCUGAAGAGAGGGAGAAAUGGGAGGAGGAGAAGCAGGAGAAAGAGAAACUCUUUGGUGUCACUCAUCUGUUGGAGGAACAGCUGAAGGAGAAGGAAGAGGAGGUGAAGGCUCUCCUUGAAAAGCAGGUCCUGGCUGUGAAGGAGGCGACAGAAAAGCUGAAGGCUUCUCACCGGCAGGAGAUAAAGGAUCUGAUGGAAAAACAUAAGCAGGAGGUUUCUGAGUUAAAUGCCAACAUAGAGGCAGAGCUACAGAAGCAGCGAGCCAGUAUGGAAGAAGAACAGACGCGACAGAUUAGCCUAAUCAAACAGGUCACUGAACGCGAGCAUGAGAGGAUGAUAUCAGAUCUGACUGCCAAACACAACGAGGAGCUGGAUCAGCUGAGAACAGAGGUGUCCCUGGAGCUGAGGGAGAGCAUGGAGGCAGCCCACCAGGCUGAGCUGCAGCAGGCACAAGCCCAAAAGACUUUGGAGCUCGAAGCCUUGCRUCUGAGUCUGACCACAAUCCACACGUCUCAGCUGGAGGUUUCUCAGGUAAACGUUCAGCAGGACCAAGAGUCCGCUYUCAGCAGGGUCCAGGACUCCAUGAAGGAGACAUUUGCCCAGGAGCGAUCACUCCUGGAGGYCCGCCAUCAGUCCGAUGUGAACCAAAUCAAGCAGCAGAGUCAGGAGCAGCAGGAUCGACUGCUGGAGCUGCACAAACAAGAGCUGGAUGAGUUCAAGCAGCAGUGGGAGACUCGUGUGGCUCAGGAGAGAGCUUUAAUGGAGGAAAAGCAGAAUAAAGAGAUACAGGCUCUAAGAGUUCAGUGGGAGACUGAGGCAGAGCAAGAUGUCCAAAGAUCUCUAUCGGAGAUCAGAAAUCGCCUCAACGCCACCCAGACAGAGCUGAGGAGCAAACAGACCUCCCUCACAGAGAUGAACAAAGCUUUAACAGAUGCCAAGGCAGCUCUUUGUCAAACGCAGGCAGAACUGCAGGAGACAAAAACUAGACUGGAGGACCUCCAAACUACCAGUAAAGAUGAAGUCCAGAAGCUAGAAGAGGAAGUAAAACRAGCCUGGACUGACAGAGAUGCAGCUGCCUAUUCUUUGGAGGAGCUGGUUUGUAGUCACAAAACGGUGCUGCAAGAGCUGGAGCAGCAAGUACUCCACCUUCAGGACAAAGAGCAGCAACUGCAGCAAGAGGUUCUGUGCCUAAAGGAGGAGAAAAAUAUGCUCAAAGAAAGCAAAGAACAGGAAGUAGGUCAACUGUGGACUCARCUGGAAAGCAUGAGGACGAGUCGUCAAGAGUUGGGAGAGCUCAAGGAGCAGUUGUUAGCUCGCUCAUCUCAAGUUGAUGACAUUGAGCGCCUAAAGACGGAGUUUAAUGAACAAAAGCGUGAAAUCAAAGAGCAGAAUGAGGCUGAGCUGGAAAACUUGAGGAGUUAUUUUGAGAAGCGGUUGCAUGCAUCAGAGGAGAGCUACAAAGAGGAAAUUGCUCUGCUCCAGCUGAGGCUGGUGGAAAGUGCCUUGGAGGAUUCUGUGCUCCAAACAGCAGACGACAACAUUUUGUCUCAAGUUAACGCCGAGGAGGACAAAGAUGCUUCCUCUGAUAGUGUCAGGCUGGAGAAACACAAGGAAUUGCUUGAUGCGUUGAGGCUUGAGUUGGAAGAGAAUCRUACGAUGGAGCUUUCCAAUCUGCAAUCUACUUUAAGUUGUUCUUUUAAGGAAGAUCUGGAGCAGGAGCGCUCAAACCUCACAGACCAUUACUAUAAAGAACUGCAGGACAUGAAGACUCGCCAUGCCCUGGAGCUAGAGCAACUCRGAGCAAAACUUUCUGACAGUCAUCUUAAAGAGCUUACAAGAGUUCAUCUGGACGCAGCAGGGCAGGUUGAGGCUGAGUUAGAACAGAGGACAUGGUGUCUCACUGAGGAGCUGCAGACGAGGGUCACACUCAUCCACUUCCUGGAGAACAGAUUGACUUCCUUGAGUAAACAGCGAGAUGCUGAAGCACUGUCAAAUGCUAAAAAUCUUGAGGAAAAACUGAAAGAAGAAAGGGAGAGAAUGCAGGAGAAAAUGAAGAAGCUGAAAGAAGAGCUUCAACAGGAACGUGAAAAUGAGAUCUCCACACUAAAAUCCAUGUUUGAAAAAGAGAGUGCGAGCCUUCAAAAAGCUUUUGACGAAGAGAAAGCGUUGAAGUCUGAACAGUUUGAUUUGGACAACCCUGAAAGCCCACAGGUCCUGCUGAUAAAACAGAGACUGGAGCUUCAGCAUGAAAAUGAGCUACAAAAGACAAAGAACUGCAUGUCUGCUGAAAUGAAAGAGCURACUGUUUUGCUUCAGGAGCAGAGUGAAGAGAAGCUACGCCUAGCUCAACAAAGGUUCCAAGAAGAGAAAGCUGCAUUAGAGCAGCGUUUGUUUCAGAACUACGAAACGUCUGUAGAAGAACUAAAAACCAAACACAAAGCUGAACUAGAACACGAAAGGACAGCUCUGCUAAACAAGCACUCCAAAGAAAUGGAUGAACUCGAAGCCAAACACAAAGCCCAGCUGGAGUCGCUCGGUGCCAGUCACAGGGAUCAGCUCGCRGCCGUGGCAGUUGAGCUGGAAAGUAAGCACAACGCUGAGCUCGUUGCCUUAGAAGCAUCCCUCAAAUCCAAACAAAAGGAGGACCUUGAAAGUUUGGAGGCUGCUUACCAGGAGACCARUCAGGCAAAGUUAGAGGCUUUAGAAGCAGAAUUAGCUCACAAACACCAGGAAGACCGGGAUGAGCUGGAGAGAAGGAUGCUGGGAAAUAUGGACACUUUAGAGACCACUUACUUGAAGGAGGUACAGGCCCUGCGUGAUGAAAUUGUUCAGCUUGAGGAGCGACAUCGUCAAGGCCUGCUUUGUCAGAGUGCAGAACACAAACGACUAACGGAGCGCCAAGCUGCAGAACAGGGGUCCGUCCGGGAAGAACUGAGGAAAGAGCUGGCUCAGGUCCAUAUGGAAAAGUUCAGAGCCAUGGCAGCUGAGCUCAGCCACGUUCACAAGGCUGAACUGGCUGCUCAAAAAGAGGCCUUAGAUUCUGAACACUGCAAAGCCUUAGAAAGUCUUAAGAAGCAGGUUUUGGAACUUGAACAGCAACACAGCRCUGCUCUACAGGAGCUCUCUCAGACCUACUCUUGUGAAAAAGAGCAGCUGAUUGAACAGCAUCAACUCCACSUUCAGGAACUAAAGGGAGCUUCUGCCCGUGAGUUGGAGGCUUGUCAUCGGGAGCUUGAAGAAGAGUCGUCAAGGCAACAGCUGUGCUUCCUGAAAGAGGCGGAGCUCCUUAAAGUCCAAUCAGAGGAGCAGCUACAGGACAGGAUUAAUCUGCUGAAGACGGAGUUUGAUGUGGAGAAGGAGGCGGAGCUUGAAGACUUGAGGCGGAGCUUCACCRCUGAACAGCAGGAAAAGGAACGGAGCUACACAGACAAAAUGAGCCAGCUCACUGCCCAGCUGCAGCAGCUGGACGCUGUGGUCACCCAGCUGCGAGCAGAGGUCGGGUGUCUGCAGGAGGAGCUGCAAGGAAAACAUGUAGAGAUGGAGACCAUGGACACCCUCCUUCAACGAAGGGAGCGAGAGAGUCAAGAGGGAGGCAACCUUCUGAAGAUGCUCACUGAUGACUUACAGGCUGCUAAAGAGGAGAGACACAGACUUCAUGAUGCAAAUGAGAAGCUGAGUAAAGUUCUGAUCGAGAUGCUCCGCUGCGUAACGGCAACAGAAGAACUGAUUGGACAAAAGAUCAACAUCCGAACAACCAAAACGGAGCUUGUGACUCAACGGAUGAGCUCAGCAGGGAACAAAGAUGCACAGGAAUCUGUCGCAGACAUGACAUCAGAGGACUCGGAGCUGACCCAGCUGCUCUGUGAGAGUCUUCUAGUUUCAGAUUCUCAGCUCAAUCCUGGAGGAGAAGAAUCUGCUCUGAAUGCUUGCAACAGGCUACGGCACACAGUCGACAUACUGCUGGAUCUGCUAAACCAAGCAAAUACACAGCUGGAGCAGACGCGCAGCGUUCAUCUGUCUUUGGAAGAGAAGUUCUCACAAAGCAAAGAAGACACCACCCAGCUCGUUGAGCAACACAAACUACUGAUGAAGCAGUUUGAUCAGGAGGCAAAGCUGAAGACUCAGYUCCAGGUGGAGCUCCACAAGGCAGAAGGGCUUGUCGAGGGCUAUGUGACUGAAAAGGCUGCCCUGGAGGAGUCUCUGCAGCAGAAAGAAACACAAGAAGAGAAGCUAGUGGAGGAGCUGGAGGGCCUGAAGGUGAAGCUGCACCACCUGCAAAGCCUCACCUCCGAGCUGGAAAGCCUCAGAACGAAGCAUCAAGAUCUGAGUGAAGAGCACGCACUUSUCCUGCGCCAGAAGGAGCAUCUCUCCGCUGGACUCAGAGAGAGGGAAAAAGCUUUGCUGGCAGAGACAGAGCGUUUGACUCAAGAAAAGCUGGAUUUGCAGCGGCAGUCAGAGAAAGACCACCGUUCUCUGUCACAGCGCCUCAGGACCCUGGAGAGAGAGCUGGAAGACCAGGAAACCAAAGACCUGGAGAAAGAGCAGCACCACAAGACCCACACGGAAGACCUGAGUCAGCGCGUGCAAGCYCUCGAGAAGCAGUUGAAACACAACAGACAGUUUAUAGAGGAGCAGGCUGUGGAGCGUGAACACGARCGAGACGAGUUCCAGCAGGAGAUCCGCAGGCUUGAAGCCCAACUCAAACACACMGCAGCUGUAGAUAACAAAGGACACAGGUUUGAGGACUUGGUUCUGCAGGUGGAGAGUCUACAAAGUAAUCUCAAAGAUAAAACUGAGGAGCACGCCUCUUUGCUCGCAGCCAAUCAGCAAGCCCAGCACGAUCUCGCUGAACGAAACGAAGAGAUAGACAAGUUAGCYGGCCGAAUCAGAGAGCUGGAACAAGCCCUCCUCAACAAUGCUGAGAGUGUUAGGACUGUCAGCCGCCUGGAGCAGGAAGUGCACAAAGCAAAGUUAAGAGAACAGGAGCUCACACAAGAUAAACUGGCUCUAGAGCAACAGCAACUGUCCAGCAGGCUUCAGAUCUCAGCUCUGCAGUCCAAACUAGAUGAGACAAGACAUUGUCACCAUGACAAUACCCGUGACCCCACCGAGGAGCUCAGGGACGCCUUGGACACUGCUCGGCAGAAUCUGCACAGCAAAGAGCAAGAGGUUGAAGUUCUGCUUGUCCAGCUGGAGAACGUGCAACGAGACUUGAGCAUUAAAGAAGCUGAACUAAAACACCUUACRCUUCAGCUGGAACUACUAACUAAUAAGCACGCAGCACAGGUGCAAGAGCUUCAAGAACAAAUUUCUGCCCUUAAUGAGAAAGCGUCAGCCCUGUCCAUACUUGAGGAAAAAGAGAAACAUGUUCAGAUUAAAGAAACUGAGGAGCAAACCCUUCCUGCUGCUCUUCUUCAGGAGAAAAACCAGGAGAUUGACCACCUGAACUGUGAGAUCCAAAGACUGGAACAGGAGCUGGAGAAUGCCAGGAAUGACAAAGCCMGUAUCUUGGAGGUUGAGCUCGAGGACCUGCGCUCCCAGGUCGAACAUCUUCAGUCGGAGAAUUCAAGAGUGCGCCAUGAAAAACAGGAAGAAGAGGAGCGCCUCCAUGAAGUCAUCAGCACUCUGCAGGCAGAGCUCGCCACCUUAGGUCCCAAUCUGCAUGAAGUCAGCGACUCUCAGGACGGCGACAGCAUCAACCCCUCUCCUGCACCCAGUCCUGAACCCCAGCAGCAUCUCCAAGAACAAGAAAGGAGGGGGAAACCAAAAAGUCUGAAGCACGAGAUCAGCCUGACGAAUUCUGCCGCCUGCUCUUCUCUUCGAUCUCGUCUCAAGGUCCUGCAGAGUCAGUAUGAGACUGCUGUGGCAGAGAAAGAAGGCCUGGAGCGAUUACUGCUUACCCAGGAGGAAGAGUACAGAGGACAAGUGGAGGAGUUUGGAAAGAGGCUCAACGCCGAGAGGGAAAAGUCAGACCAARUCCGAGGUCUCCUCACGCUGAAAGAAGCAGAGCUGGAGGAAGAGAGAGAAAAGAGAAAAUCAUCAUCAGAGGAGAAGAGGGACCAGUGGAAAGUUGAAGCUGUAGAGCCAAAUACCCUACGAGAAGAGAAGGCCAACCUUAACGCUCUGAUUUUAGAUUUACAAAACAACGAACAAGACCGAGAGAGAGAGAUGGAGAACCUGAAAGCAAAAGAGCAGGAGAUGACACGAGACAUGGAGGUCCUCAGAGAAAACAGUCUCAGUUUCCAGAGACAAGUCCAGGAACUGAAAGCUGAGAAGGUGGACAUGGAGAAACUGGUUAAAGAGGGAAGAGAGCAGAUCAAAACUCUGGAGGCUGCGAAGGAAGAGCUUUCUGCUGAACAAGAGGCGCUGCAGAGGAGAGAGAGUCAGCUGCAGGAGAAAACCCAGCGGCUCAGUCAGGAAGUUGCUUCAAUGAAAGUCCUUAUCCAGGACCUGACAGUUAAACUCAACGAAAAAGAAUCCAACCAAGAAGAAGCUCAAAAAGAGGUUUUGACCCGUGCUGAUGUGACCCUGGCUAAAGCAGAGGCUGCCUUGAGACAAAAAGAGGACGAGUUAGCCAAGCUAAGAGCUGAAUACGAGACACUAAGGACAGAGCUGACCGCAGUGAAACAAGGGCUGAGUACCACCACAGAGCGAGCUGAAACACUUCACCAGGAAGGACAGACCAAAGAUCGAGCUCUUGUUGACCUGGAAACAGAAAACAAGCAGCUGAAGGCGGAACUCCGACAGCUUCAAGAGGACCUGGCUUUACAGGAAGAGGAACUGGUCUACGAGAGAGAACUGCAGGGACACYGUCAACAGUGCCAUCAACACGAUACUAUUCCUUACCAAGAUGUUCCUCACAGGGGCUUUCAGGACGUUCUGACCGUCUCUCAAGAAGAAGCCUCUCUGAGUUCUCCAGAGGUCUUGAGAAGACUGGAAUGCUCCGAGGACAGACUCCCAGAACACUUCCAAACGUCUGCUCUGGACUCUCGUMUGCUUGAGCUCAGCAGUGUGAACAGCAUGGACCUGGAGCCGCCCCGGGUCAAACCUUCUCCCAGGGUUGCUGUGGAGCCUCCACACUCGAGGACCAUCACUCCAGAUCCCCUCACACAGACCAGCCACUCCCCCGGCUCCCUGUCGGCCUCUGACAACUUCUCUGCGCUCAACUCGGCAGACGCUGAUAAAGUGCGUGAGUUGGAGGAGUUUGAACUAACGGCACCUCCGUCUCCUCUUGGCUCCGCGUCUUCUCUGUCAGCACAAGAGUGGAACACCAGUGACGGUUACGGCAGCAAUGUGAGUUCUGAACUGGGCGCGCGGCUGAGAGCGGAGCUGGAAGAGACCGAAAGGCUGGACGCUCAGUUCAUUCAGUAUCUCCGCUGCCGAGGAAUGAACCCCACAGUCAACACGGACAGCGCYGCAGGAAGCAUGAGCUACAGUGACGACUUGUUGUCACCCGAGCUUCAGGGUCUGUUGAAGAAAGUGUACGAAGAAAGCUGCAGGAUUCUCGUUCUGAGCCAGCGCCACACUGCUCCUUCAGCCCAACCUCAUAUUUCAGAACUGAAAGCUUUCUCGCAGAGUCGGGUGCAGUAUCAUUCUGAAGGUAGAYCCGCUCAAAUGGACCACAGAGAAAAGGCACCAACGUCUGAUCCUCCCAUGACGUGGCAGCAGGAAAAGAGAGCGCUGCAGGAGACUGUGAUCGCUCUCAGAGAGCUGCUUUGUCGAAUGGCACAGAGACAAACUGAUUACAUCGAUGAUAACUGGAACCAAAGUCAACUACAGGCUGAAUCCCAUCUGAGGGCAGAGCUGGAGGAGAGCCAGAAGCAGUUAAAAUGUGUCCAUGAUGCUCUGCAAGAGCAAAAGAACAAAACUCUGUCACUCAGACUGACUAUGGAGGAGGGCGAGGAAGCUUUGAGGAGGGAACAGGCCAGGGUCGAGGCGCUUCAACAAGAACUGGAGCAAGAGAGAGCUCUGAGUGUGCGUAAAGAGAGAGAAGAAGAGGAAAGAAGAGAGGCAGUGCACAUAUCCUCUGAGAAGCACCGGAGUGAAGUGAUGACUUUAAAGGGUCAGCUGGAGCAGGAGAAGGUGGCCUGCAGCAACCUCCGACAGGAGCUCCAGAUCGAACAGUCCCGCAGUUCUCUGUUGGAGAAGCACUCAGAUGACACUCAAAAGCUGCUAGAAGGUGAACGCCAGCGUUUCGCACAUCAACAGGACCUCAGCCUGCAGGAAAAGUCCCGCGUUGAGCACCUCCUUCGCGAGGCCGAGUCUCGCCUGGCYGAGUUCCACUCCCAGCUCGCAGAUUCUCACAAGAAGUUUGACGAGGAGAGAGACCGUUGGUCCAGACAGGUAGACGAGCUCAGCCGGAGACACGAGGCCGACGCAGCCAGAGACGGCAAGUUCAUAUCGGACCUGCACUCCCAGCUGGAGGAGGAGCGAAGGCGGGGGGAGGAGCUGGCUGCCGUGAUGGACAGGCUGAGGGCUGAGCUGCUGCGGAGCAGAAGGAAGUGGGAGGAGGAGGACAAAACGAGGCAGGAGCAGCUUCAGAGGGAGCAGGAGGCUGCCACCAGGCAGAGAGCUGCACUGGAGACUCUGAAGGAGCAAAAACAGGAGGUGGCCUGUGCUUUAGAGGAGGAGCGAGAACGAGCCAAGCGCCAAGAGGUGGAGCUGGCAGAGCUGAAGGAGAGGCUGCGAACGCUGCUGGAGAAGGAGAGGGAGAGGGAGGUGCGACAGGAGAGAACCCAUAACAAGCUCUUGGAGUUUGAGUCACUGAGGCGGCAGGACCAGCAGCGAGUGCAGGAGCUGCAGCGCACUCUGACAGAGCUGGAAAGAGAGGAGAGAGAGAUGGCUGCUCAGAGGCUGUCUGGGUGGAGAUCAGGCCAGCAGCAUAAACCUCCAUCUGCACCAUGUCUGAGCAGCAACUCCCAGACUGACAGGGACCGGACUGACUGGGACCAGACUAACAGGGACCAGACUGACGUCUCACAGCAGCAGCAGAUUCCAUCCCCAUCAUCCUCCUCAUCCUCCAAGUUGGWUGUGUUACUGAGGAAGAACUCAGAGCUGACAGAGCAGGUGACAUCGCUGAGUCAGGAGAGGACCACCUACAAAAACAGGCUCACCUGUCUGGAGAAACAGCUGCGGCGCACAGAGAGCGAGCUCGCCAAGGUCACAGAAAUGGAGAACAGACCCAUUCAUGAGGCCAGCAGCAGCAGGCUGCAGCGUUACUAUGAGCGCUACCUGCGCGCUGAGAGCUUCAGGAAAGCUCUGGUUUACCAGAAGCGCUACCUGCUGCUGCUGUUAGGAGGGUUUCAGGAUUGUGAGCAGGCCACGCUGUGUCUCAUCGCUCGUAUGGGAGCAAGACCCUCGACCCCUCUUACGUCUCAGCGCAAACCCAUCGUGCGAUUCAGAACCAUAGUUCGAGUUGUCGUUGCAGUGUCAAGAAUGAGGUUCCUGACCAGGAAAUGGCAGAGAGCAAUCAAAAGAUUUCCUUUAUCUGGGAAUGGUAACAGACACGUUCCAGCAGGAUGUAAAGCUGAUGUUUUAAGGCAGCAACAGCAGCAGAGAUCAAAUUCUGACUCGACGCAGAACAGAGAAAGUGGCGCCCAGAGACACACAGCGUCAUCUCUAGUUCCACCMAGCAAAUCAUCUUUCAGGUUGCAYAUAAGGUUUGGCUACAUUUMAGCAGACCGAUGCUGUUUUGAAUUCAGAAGUAUUUGUAUUAAAUUAAAGCCCUUCUUCAAUGUUUUUCUUUUUGUCCCUCCUCAGGUCAUUCUCCAGCUCCAGUCUGGCCUCGGCACAUCCCAGUGGAGCAGCUCAGGAUCCAGAGCGAUCCCUGACAGAAUAUAUCCAUCAUCUAGAGAAAGUUCAGCAGCGCCUGGUGGGAACCAGGCAAGGUUCGUCUGAAUCAAAGUUAUCUCAACCACUGCAAGACUGAAUUUUAUUUGUUUUGUACCUGACCAGGUUUCACCUUGAUAGAAAGUUCAUGUCACACUUUUCACAUGUGAUUUUUUUUUACAAAUGUAUAGAUUAUUUUUAAAUAAAUUUGAAUGUAAUUUUUAUAUUAUAUUUACAUCCACUAUUUUGAAGGUUACUCAGAAAGCUGCAAAAAUAAAUACCUUUCAUAACUGUAAAUGGUGCUCUAAUUUCUGCUGUUUUGCGGCUUUAUGUACAUAGAGCUGAUUUCUAUUGUAUAAGUUUCUAAAUGUACACCGUUUUAUACUGAAAAUCUGAAAUUAUAACAUGCAUARUAUGUUGCAUAAAGUGGAACUCUAUGUGCUUUAGUGUUGAAAUGCAAUUGUUGGAGUAAUUGAUAAUAAACAAGCACAUGCMAAACUGAA